AUGAGGAAUUGCUACCAGCUUGUCACCUACUCAAGGCUCGCAAUUUUGUUAUGGACUCCAUUGAUUGUAGUCCUAUGCAAUUGCAGCUUCAGCUUUAGGUGUCCAUUGGAGGAAUAUGAAGCUUUGUUAAAGCUUAGAUCUUCUCUCCUUCACAAUACCUAUGUUCCACUACCUACAUGGGGAAGAGAGAGAGACUGCUGUCUUUGGAAGAGAGUGACCUGUAAUAAUAGCACAAAACAAGUAUCAAAGCUCAUGCUUUCCAGUCUUGUAGAAUAUGAUCAACGUAAGCUUUGGCAAUGGAAUUUCAGUAUUUUUUCCUCCUUUCGUAAGCUCCAACAGCUUGACUUGUCCAACAAUCAAAUUGUAGGAUCGUUAUCACAGAUGGAUAUAUCAGGAUUCAAAAAGUUGAAAAUCCUUGAUCUCAGCUAUAACAUGUUCACUGGAACUAUUCCAUUAUCUUUUAAAAAUCAAUCUUCACUCAGGGCCCUAAAUCUGGAAGCCAACUAUCUAAAUAGCACAUUUGAAGUGCAAGGCAUAUCAAGAUUCAAAAAGUUGGAAAUCCUCAAUCUCAACAAUAACAUGCUCACUGGAACUAUUCCAUUAUCGUUUAGAAAUCUAUCUUCGCUCAGUGCCCUAUAUCUAGCGGGCAACAUGCUAAAUGGUAUACUUCAUAUGCAAGAUAAAUCAGGAUUCAAAAAAUUGAAAAUCCUUGAUCUCAGCGAUAACAGCCUCAUUGGAACUAUUCCAUUAUAUCUCAGAAAUCUAUCUUCACUCAAUGCCCUAUAUCUAGGGCAAAAUAUGCUAAAUGGCACACUUCAUAUGCAAGAUAAAUCAGGAUUCACAAAGUUGGAAAUCCUUGAUCUCAGUUAUAAUAGCCUCAUUGGAACUAUUCCAUUGUAUCUGAAAAAUCUAUCUUCACUCAGUAAUCUAGAUCUAGUGAGCAACAUGCUAAAUGGCACACUUCAUAUGCAAGAUAAAGCAGGAUUCAAAAGGUUGGAAAUCCUUGAUCUCAGUUUUAAUAGCCUCAUUGGAACUAUUCCAGUAUCUCUCAAAAAUUUAUCUUCACUCAGUGCCCUAUAUUUAAGAGGCAACAUGCUAAGUGACACACUUCAUGUGCAAGCGCUCAGUAGAUUGCAGAACCUACGUGAGUUAGUUCUCUCUGACAACCAACUCAAUGGAAGUCUUCCUUUAUCUCUAAAGAAACUGGUUUCUCUUCAAUCUUUAGAUCUUUCUAAUAACCUGAUGGAGGGUAAUAUUCCAGCAUGCAUCUUUGCAGGUCUUGUUUCACUUAAGCAUCUAGAUCUGCAGGAGUUAUUUAUACAUCUUGACAGUGGGAAGUUUGUUCCCCCCUUCCAGCUACAGACCCUCAUGUUGUCCCAUUGUAACCUGGAUGCGAACACCCUUGCAACACCAGCUUUUCUUGCUUCUCAAUCCAACUUACAAUUUCUUGAUCUUUCCGAUAGUAACUUGAUAGGAAAUUUUCCAAAUUGGUUGUUCGAAAAUCUAAUCGUACUAACAUAUCUCAACUUGAGAAAUAACUCAAUAGUGGGUGCAUUUCAUUUCCCGAAUCUUCUGAAUACAAGCAUAUCCACAGUUGAUCUCUCUAUGAAUUUCCUCAGUGGAUCGAUGCCUACAGACCUCGGCACGAUAUUUCCAAAUAUGGCGGCCCUGAAUUUAUCCUCAAAUUAUCUAAUUGGAAAUAUCCCUUCAUCAUUGGGUAACAUGAGUAAUUUGCAAAUCUUGGAUUUGUCCAAUAAUAAUUUGUCCGGUGAAGUACCAAAUAGCCUGAUGAUUGAUUGCAUUGAACUGAGGCUUUUGAAGCUUUCCAACAACAACUUUACUGGAACGUUUCCAAGCAAUUUGUCAGACUACCGGCAAUUAUUGACAUUGGAAGUCCAAAAUAACCAAUUGUUGGGUACAAUUCCAGAGAGUAUAGGAGUUGAUUCAUAUCUGGAGAUCCUUAAUCUUGCGGGAAAUCAAUUCCAUGGCCAAAUACCAUCUCAUUUAUGUAAUCUAACAUAUCUUCAAUUGUUAGACUUAUCCAAUAAUAGCUUCUUCGGGUCAUUACCUGCUUGCUUCCAAUUCGCGUGGAUCAAUCUUGCCGGGAAUGCUUUAACAGGAAAAGUUCCAAGUAGUUAUUUCAAUAUUUCAUCCCUUAAAGCAUUGGAUGCCAGCAAUAACCAGCUUUCAGGUAAACUGCCAAGACAGAUAGGAGAAAAUAUGUCUUUGGAGAUUCUUGUUCUUAGUGGAAAUUCACUUGAAGGCUCAAUACCACUUGAGUUAUGCAAGCUACAGUCUUUACGCAUUCUGGACCUUUCGCAAAACAAUCUUUCAGGAUCAAUACCAUUAUUCGGUGUGGAUGUUUUCUUAUAUAACAUAAUGAUGGUGGACAUCAUCACCAAAGGCAACUUAUAUGCCUACUCAACAGAUCAUUUGCUUUUGAUGUCUGGAAUUGAUUUGUCUGUAAAUAAGUUGACAGGAAGCAUCCCACCUGAAAUUGGAAAUCUGGAUGAGCUUGUACAAUUGAAUCUAUCAUGCAAUCAGCUAAUAGGUCCAAUCCCUGAAACUUUCUCAAAACUCAAUCAGAUCGAGAGCUUGGACCUAUCACACAAUCAGUUGAGCGGUACGAUACCCCGGCAAUUGACUCAACUCAAGUUCUUGGAGGUCUUCUCAGUUGCUUACAAUAACUUAUCUGGAUGUACACCGGAUUUCAAAGACCAAUUUGGCACAUUCGACAAGAGUAGCUAUGAAGGUAAUGUUAGAUUACAUGGGCCGCCACUGGAGAAGACCUGCACAUCUGCCUCAAGCCCAAUUGUGCCUCCCCAAGUAGAAGAAAACCAAGAAGAUAGCAAUGUGGAGGAUGAUGCCAUCUUCUUUGCAAUACUUGCAGCAUCAUUUGUGGCUGGCUUCUGGGGUUGCAUUGCCUUUUUGUCAUGUCAUCACACUGGGCUGCACAUUCGCAGUAUAAUGGAUGGUUACGUGGACUCCUUGACUGAAAGAAUAUUAAUGGCGGCACAUAAGAGAAACCGCAUACAGCGGCGUCGCAGGUGA